GAUGUCAUAGUGUUUAAGUGUCAUUUAAGAAAAAUUUACAGUUAAAUUCGAUAUAGCAAUAAAAACUUGAAAAUGGCAACUAAUUUAGCAUUAACUGAAAACUUCUAUUUCAAUAAUAUGUUAGCCAGAGCUUUAUUACAAGUGAUGCCGCGAUCAGAAAGAUCUGUUCUGCUAGAAUGGUUUGAUAGAUUGGUGGAAAUGAAGCGCACUCCUCAAGAACUGGAAAUCAGAAAAGAUUAUAUGUUAUUUAUAUUAUUAAUGUUGCAAAGUCAGAAAAUUAAACCUCCAUUUACAGAAUCGCCGCCUGAAAACAUUUUACCUUUAAAGGAAUUUGUGAACAAAAAAAAUUAUGAAGAAACAAUAUUAUUUAAUGAUGACAUCGCAAUCUCUUCUGUUGAACAAGGUCAAGGAGAAGAAAUUAAUCCGAAGAAAGUUCUUUGUCCACCAGCGAAGUUUUUUCGGAGGCAGCCCUGUCCCAACGAAGGCGUUAUUUGUUAUGCUUCAGUUUUUAGCUCUCAGGAAAAAUGCGACUAACUUAUUGUAGUUAGUUGUUUAUAUUUUUCAUUUACCGGCAAAUGUUUUGUUUGUAUAAAAAAUACUUUGGUUUUUAUAAUAUGAUAAAUAAAUGUUGAAAAAAUGUAAUUAAAUAUGUUAUAAAAAUAUAAACAAUCAAUAUUA